AUGCUGCUGCACACCGUCCGGUUCCUCUGCUCCGUCGUCGCCGCCUUCGCGCGCCUGGUCCGCGAGCUCCGCAAGGCGUCCGACGUCAUGGCAUCCGCAUGCUCUCUGUCUCCGGUAGCGGUCCUCACCGCACCCGCUAUGGCGGCGGCGCCAUCUCCCAUCGGCCUGAUAGCCUCCACGCCGCUCCCGAAGCGAAAGAAGAUGCUUGCCCACCAGGUUGCCAUCCCGGAGGACCUGCAGCUCGUCGCGCCGCCGCCGCCGCCGCCACCCGUGCCUGCGCUUCCUCUUGCAGACGCAGUGGUGUCCGACUGCAUCAGUGGGAGUGGGAGUGGGAGUGGGAUCGGGAUGGUAGUAGAGCAACAACAGGCUCGGAGCUUGGCGAAGAAGGCCGCGUGGGCGGCCAGGAGGCGGCCGUCGACGCUCGUCAUACCGGUGGCCGACGACGCUGGCGAGGUCGCCGCCGGUUGGGCCGCAGCUGCCGCGCCGGUGAAGGAGGCCGACGUGGAGGUGGUGGGGGACGGGUUUUGGUUGGCGAGUAGAGCAGGACCGAGGCAUGCGAUGGAGGACGCAUAUGCUGUGCUGACUGACAAAAACCAUGCAGAUUCUCAACUGGCAUUCUACGGUGUCUUCGACGGCCACGGCGGGCGCGCGGCCGUGGACUUCGUCUCCGAGCGGCUCAGCAAGAACGUGGUGUCCGCGGUCCUCGCCGCCGCCGGAACGCAGACGUCGGAGGACGACGGUGUCUCGGCGGCUAUCAGAGCGGCGUACCUUGCCACCGACAGCGAGCUCCUCACGCAGCACCAGACUGACGCGCAGGGCUCAAGCGGCGGUGCGUGCGCCGCGACGGCGCUGGUGAAGGGCGGCGACCUGUACGUGGCGCACCUGGGCGACUGCCGCGCCGUGCUGAGCCGCGGGGGCGUCGCGACGGCGCUGACGGCCGACCACACCUGCGCCAGGGAGGAGGAGCGGGAGCGCAUCGAGCAGGAGGGAGGCUACGUGAGCCGCAGCGGCAGCGGCGUGUGGCGGGUGCAGGGCAGCCUUGCCGUGUCGCGCGCGUUCGGGGACGGCGCGCUCAAGCGGUGGGUCGUCGCGGAGCCGGCGGUCACCCGGCUGCCCCUCGCCGCUGGCUGCGACUUCCUGGUCAUCGCGUCCGACGGGCUCUGGGACAAGGUCAGCAACCAGGAGGCCGUAGAUGCCGUCUCCAGGAGCCGCGCCGCCUCAUCCUGCAGGGACCUGGUGGACAUGGCACGGCGCAGGGGAAGCAGGGACGACGUCACCGUCAUGGUAGUCGACCUCCAGAGGUUCCUAAGAUUCGAUCAGUGACGGGUCCGAGCUGUUGGAGGCACUAACUGUUCACCAGGGUUUUUCAUUGAGGGAAGUGAAAGUGAAACAAAAGAUGACGGUACACUGACCACCAAUGAUUGUAGAUAUACAGCAUGCGGUUUAUUUGCAUCCCUGCUGCUGGGGAGCAAAUUAAUUACUGCAAACGUCAUUCUUUUUUCUAACCCUCGAUUGUAAACUACGUAGUUGAAGCUAGGAAUGCAGUGACUUGAUGUUGCAGACAAUUAGGAAUGGAACUAUUAUUAUUAUUA